GCAAGUCUUGCGUGUGCUCUCCGUCAUGGCUCAGCUCCAGACACGCUUCUUCACUGACAACAAGAAAUACGCGGUAGAUGAUGUUCCCUUCUCAAUCCCUGCAGCCUCUGAAAUUCCUGACCUUAGUAACAUCAUCAAUAAAUUGCUGGAGGCCAAAAAUGAGUUCCACAAACAUGUGGAGUUUGAUUUCCUUAUCAAGGGUCAGUUUCUGCGAAUGCCGUUGGUCAAACACAUGGAACUGGAAAACAUCUCAUCAGAAGAGGUUGUGGAGCUAGAAUACGUGGAGAAGUACACUGCACCUCAGCCAGAGCAAUGCUUAUUCCAUGAUGACUGGAUCAGUUCAAUUAAGAGAAAUAAAGUAAAAGCCCUACACUGUUGCAGAGGUCAUGCUGGAAGUGUGGAUUCUAUAGCUGUUGAUAGCACAGGAACUAAAUUUUGCAGUGGCUCCUGGGAUAAGAUGCUAAAGAUCUGGUCUACAGUCCCUACAGAUGAAGAAGAUGAAAUGGAGGAAUCUACAAAUCGACCGAGAAAGAAACAGAAAACAGAGCAAUUGGGACUAACAAGGACACCCAUAGUGACCCUCUCUGGCCACAAGGAAGCAAUUUCCUCAGUUCUGUGGUCAGAUGCUGAAGAAAUCUGCAGUGCAUCUUGGGACCACACAAUUAGAGUAUGGGAUGUUGAAUCUGGCGGUCUUAAGUCAACUUUGACAGGAAAUAAAGUGUUUAAUUGUAUCUCCUAUUCUCCGCUUUGUAAACGUUUAGCAUCUGGAAGCACAGAUAGGCAUAUCAGACUGUGGGAUCCCCGAACUAAAGAUGGUUCUCUGGUGUUGCUGUCCUUAACCUCACAUACAGGUUGGGUCACAGCAGUAAAGUGGUCUCCUACCCAUGAGCAGCAGCUGAUUUCAGGGUCUUUGGAUAACAUUGUCAAGCUGUGGGAUACAAGGAGUUGUAAGGCUCCUCUGUAUGAUUUGGCUGCUCAUGAAGACAAAGUUCUGAGUGUAGACUGGACAGACACAGGGUUACUUCUGAGUGGAGGAGCAGACAAUAAACUGUAUUCCUACAGAUAUUCACCUACCACUUCUCAUGUGGGGGCAUGAAAAUGAAUAAAUUUGACUACAGA